AUGAAGUCUAUCUUUGUCUCAGCAGCUCUCGUUGCAGCAGCAGAUGCUCUCAUCGCCCGCGACUCGACCUGCUGCUUCCAUUUGACUGCUUCAGGUGGUCCCGGAGGUAUUGUUGGUCAGCUCUCUGAUGGUCAGAACCGCAUCGGCCAAGGCAUGUUGAUCCUCUACAUCGUUUGUCUUCCUGGUGCACAGUACUGCAUUGACUCCAAGGGCGGUCUUACAGAUCAGAGUGGAAGAGGGUGUAUCUUGACCCCUCCUACUACCCAGUUCCAGUGUGAUCAAGGCGCUAGUCCUACCGACGGCUUCUCGGUCUCUUGUGAUGGUACACUCUCAUUCAAGGGUAACACAGAGUUCAAGUCAUGCCCCACUGGCGACAACGGUGGCUACAACAUCUACACCACUGCUCCAGCUGGUCAAGGUGGUUGCGUCUCGGUGAAGUUGAGCGCCGAUAGCUGCAAGUCUGGCUGCCCUGCUCCUGCUCCCGCACCGGCUCCUGCGCCUAAGACCUGUCCUGCCGCCCUCACCGGUACUUACGAGUACCCUCAUCUUAUCGUACCUGUCGACUCAAAGCAACCUGACAAGGCCUUUGGAACUCAGUACAACGGUACCGUUUCAGGAAGCGUCUCCAGCUUGUUCAACUUCGACAUUCCUACCUCUGACAACGGAAAGACUUGCUCGUUGGUCUUCUUGUUCCCCCAGAAGCAAAACCUGGAGACUUCCUCUUUCGCCUUCUCAGGUACUGGAGGCAUUGACUUUGCCAUGUUGAAGGGUCCUGCUAGCUCUAGCACCACUUACAACAACAGACCAGGUGUCGGUACCGGUUAUGGCGUCACCAAGGUCGCUCCUGGCAACUCAUACACCAUUGCAACCUUCCCAUGCCCUGGUGGCUCUGCCAUUGGCUUCGAUCUAUCCACCUCGGAUGAUACCAUGCUCUCUUACUUCCAAGACUACAACCCAUCUCCUAUUGGUCUCUACAUUACUGUCUGCUAG